CUCAAAGGCUGGAACAAGGGGUCGGCGGAUUUCCCACGUUUGGGCACACGUGGGUCAAGAUGCUGAUGGUCACGAUCGACCACUCCAGGCCCCACAUGGAGCUGCUCAGGAACCGGUGCGAGGUGGGCAUUGGGGCGAUGGCGCCCCUGCAGGAGCUGCUUGGCGACGAGCGUCCGGCACGGAAGGUGCCUGUCAGGAAGCGCGUGGUGAACGGAAGCGCCACUGCCAGGGCGUCGAAGGAUACCUCCGUCGAGUCCUUGGCCGACCUGCUCAGCAAGGUCAACGCGUCCAGGACCUGCACGGCCGAGCACUUCUGGCUGCUCCUCCGGGCUGUGGAGGCGUCCGGGCGGGAGCACUUCCGGCAGUGGCGGCUCAUCCUUGCGCAGUUGUCGACCGAAUCGCACUGCAUGUCGGCGUCAACACUGCAGGUGCAGCUGUGCGAGUUCCGGCAGUUCCUCGAGCGGGGGCUCGCAGCGCACGUCAGGCCGAGCACGGGCGGCGAGGCGGCGCUGGUGUGUGUGGGGGGGGCUGGGGCCUGCGAGGCGGGGGCCUCGGCGCAGAAGCGCGCCAGGGCCAGGUCGCCGCCCAAGCCGCCCUCCCCGAGAUCGCCCGCCCCGCUUCUGCACACCGAACGGCCGCGGGUGCCCGCCACUGUCCCGUUCAGGUCGAGGCGCUUCCAGCGGGACCGAGUCGGCACGCCGGCGCGGCCCGAGAUCGUGGAGUGUACGUUGUGCAGAAGCAUGGUGCCCCAGAGCCAGUUCAACGAGCACCAGAGGGAGUGCUUCCUGGCGGCCCGGGAGGAGCAGGGUCGCAACAAGCGGAUCACGAUCCGGGGGCUGAGGUGACGGCCGGACCGCUCUCCCUGCGCCCGAGAACCCUGGCUUGCUCGUCGGGCAAGGGCUGGCUUGUCCGGUGGGGCGCUGGCUUGUCCGAUGGGGCCGUGCUGGAACUGGCCAGUUGGACGACGAGAACCCUGGUGAGCUCUUCGGGUGCCCCUGUGUGAAAUCUUUGAGAAAACCGUCGACACUCGUGGACUCCGACUUUCGUCAAAGAAGCCAGCAAUCGGGACCAGAUCCUGGGCGUUCUCUUGGAGUAGCAUGUCCGUGUAUGUGGACCUGGGCCACUGGUGAAGUGAACAUGCUUCGAAUGAAGUCCAUGUUCUUAGCCUAAGAUUUCCUUAGCUCUAAGCAGGGAUGUACCCGUCGGUCGCUGAAGGCAGGUAUUUUUUAUCGUCGGAUCCGUAUCUACUUUCGGCGCCUUCC